GUCCUUCAUCGACCAAAACUCAAAUUUCAUUUCUCUAUUUGUUUUUUCUUUCAUUCUCUGAACCUUGAAACCCAAGUUUUUUCAUUCGCUCAGCCUGAGAGCUCCGUUUGGUUGGAUUUUAUUAUAUACAGAUACAGUGCAUGGGGCUGAGUCUGUUUUCGCAUGAAGUGUCCGAUCUCUGCCUCGGAAAGCCUCCGGUCAAGUCCCUUUCAAUCUCCGCCACGGUCGGUGAGGCUUUGUCUGCCCUCAGGCGGCUCGGCGAAAGCAGCCUAACCGUGUGGAGCUGCGACCACUCCGAGAAAAGCGACAAAUCUGAAUCUGAAGAUUGUCUGUGCGUAGGAAAGGUUUGCAUGGUCGAUGUCAUAUGCUUCUUGGGCAAAGAAGAGAACCUGUCGUGUCCUGCCAAAGCGCUCGAGGCUCCGCUUGAGGUUUUGAUCCCCAAAGGGUCUGCCCUUGUUAGGCAUUUGGAACCAAACGCCAGCUUGGUGGAGGCCAUAGAUUUGAUUCUAGAAGGUGCACACAACAUUGUGAUACCAAUUCAAAGUCGCAGGAUCACAGCAACAAGAAAAAUGCUUCUCCACAAUCACUCCUUCAACACCCUCCACAACAACCGUGAAUACUGCUGGCUCACCCAAGAAGACAUCCUCCGCUACCUCCUCAACUCCAUAGGACGCUUCAGCCCCAUCUCCAACAGCCCCAUCAACUCCCUCCAAGCUAUCAACACCGAAAACAUCCUCGCCCUACAUUAUGAUGACCCUGCCUCAUUUGCAUUGCCCCUUAUUUCUCAGUCCCUUGUUCAGCAAACCUCGGUUGCCAUUCUUGAUGAGUACAGCAGGGUGAUUGGGGAGAUCUCGCCUUACACCAUCAACACCUGCCACGAGUCGGUGGCAGCUGCGAUUGCCACACUCUCAGCCGGUGACUUGAUGUGGUAUAUUGACUGCGGUGGCCCUCCGGAUGAGCUAGUGCAGUUGGUGAAAGAUAGAUUGGAGGAGAAGAAAUAUGGGGCGUUCUUGGAGUUCAUGGAAGAAGACUCAACAUUGUCAUCAGCUUCUUCCUUCUGUUCGACUUCAUCGGAUGAAGAGUUUGGGUGGGGAAGAAGGUCAGGAGGAGGGUAUUCAGCAAGGUUAGUGAGGAAGUCGGAGGCAAUUGUAUGCUAUCCGAGGAGCUCCUUGGUGGCAGUGAUGGUUCAGGCACUUUCUCACCGCGUGAGUUACGUGUGGGUUGUCGAAGAGGAUGGAACCUUGUCUGGCAUUGUUACCUUUGCAAGCAUGUUCAAAGUUUUCCAGGAACGUUUGAGGUCGAUGGCAUAACGCUAGCUGAAGAUUUUUUUCCGGGAAGUGAAAAAACUUGCAGUGUCCGCAGUUAAUGAGUACAAGUUUUCUUUUGGGACAUUUUUGUACUUUGUAGAAAAUGGAAAUGAAACCUCUGUUAUACAUCUUUAUGAUUUUAGUUA